GAAGGCUUCGUCCAUGGUGAAUCUCGCAUUCUGAGCUUCCGAGUUAAGCAGCUCACUGAGUCAAACCACCGAGUCGAGCUCGUGUAGAGGUCUUCCAACAUGUUGGACGGGUUACUGGGCAGAGGCUUCGCUGCAAAAUGCAAAUCGUUGAUCAAACUGACCAAGACUCGGAUCGAUGUGAUAAGGAGGAAGAGAAAGGCGACAGAGAAGUUUCUGAAGAAAGAUAUAGCUGAUCUGCUGCUCAAUGGUCUAGAUAUCAAUGCCUACGGAAGGGCUGAAGGACUCAUGGUUGAGCUGACACUGUCAUCUUGUUAUGGUUUUAUUGAGAAAUCCUGUGAGCUUGUGCUGAAGCACCUCUCGGUGAUACAGAAAAUGAGUGGUUGCCCUGAGGAAUGUAGGGUGGCUGUAUCGUCUCUGAUGUUUGCUGCUGCAAGAUUUUCUGAUUUACCAGAGUUACGUGACCUUAGGCAGAUAUUUCAGGAGAGAUAUGGGAGUUCCCUGGAAUGUUAUGUCAACCAAGAGUUUGCUGCAAAUUUGAAUUCUAAAUCCUCUACAUUGGAGAAGAAGGUCUGCUUGAUGCAGGAGAUUGCAUCAGAAUUUUCAAUAAACUGGGACUCUAAGGCUUUUAAACUGAGGAUGUCAAGAUCCUCUGCAUUUGCACAGGGCCACAAUGCUAAUAUGUCUAACCAGUUGCCUGAUUAUGAUAAACCAUCACAUGGCAAGGAUUCUACCCAAAAAGGAAUGAAGAAUGAUGUUUUGUUGGAGAUAAGUCCUAACCAUGCCAAUGAUGGGUACAGAUUUCAGAAUGACAAGGAAGCUGUUGUCUUAAACCGAGAUGGUCAUGAUCUUCAGUCUAAACCCCCACAUCCUGGAAAUGUAUUCAAGCCACUAAAUGGUUGUGAAGUCAUUCGGAAAAUGGGUGGCCAUGAGAGUCCAUUAACAGGAAGGCAAGAGGUUGCUGCUAAAAAGAGUGAUAGAAAAUAUGGGAAGGAGGGUGGUAUGCUAAAACCAAUUGAACGUUCAUCUCAGGAGAAAACAGUGGAACAAUUUGAAAGUGGUUCCAUGCUGCAUGAUAGUUUGAGGAAUACCACCCCUCUAAGAGAAAUCCAGGACACUGCUACUGCUAGGAAGUCUCCUAGUCAUGCAGGAUUGUGUUUCAACAGUAAUGUAAACGAGCCAUUUGCUGUUAAUCAUGUUAGCCUACCUGAUACUUAUAAACCUGAGAGAAAAGUUCAAAAGGAUGAAACACCUACAUUGAAGCCCUCCUACAGUAAUGUCAUUCCCCCUCCAUAUGUUAAACCUAAUUAUAAGCAGCAGAACAGUACACGUGGAGCCAAUGUAGUAUCUUCACAUACUGAUAGUGGCGGCAUCUCAACAUAUCAUUCAGCACGUGACGAGCCUGAUGCUCCUUCUACGUUGGAGAGGAUCCAAAUAGGUUUGUAUAAUUCUGAGAAGGAUUGGCAGGCCAGUAGACAUGAGAGACUGAGUAAACAGAGUCGUGAAAAAGAAUUCUCUAUUCGUGAAUAUGCUAAAGAAGUCCCUGUGGUAAAACCAAAAUCUACGAGGCGGAAGCAUUCAAGAUCUCGACCUAGACACUAUGAUGCCACUGAUGAAGAUAAUGGACUUGUGAGAAAAUCCAGGAGCAGAAGCAGGAGACAAGAUGAAUCAAGACGUGGCCUGCAAAUUUUGUUUGAUGAUGAGCGGUAUCAAAAUGCUGAAGAGGAAAGGGUAAUAGAUAAAUUACUGAUCCAUUAUAGCAAAAAACCAUCCAUCCUUGUUCCCGAAAAAGUGAGAAGAAAGUCUAAAAGCCAUGCACAUGUAACGGAUAACUCUACCAGGGAAUGGCUGCAGAAUGGAAGCGGAGAUAGAUCUGAUGAGACGCCGGAGAUGGCCACUCUUCCACCACGAUCAGUUUCCCUUCCUCGUGAACAAACCAAAGCAGUGGAAGUUAAGAAAGUAUUUACUCGUGCUGCUUCAUUUCAGCCAGAUGGAACAAACGAAGCAUCGCACGUGCAUCCUAAGUUACCUGAUUAUGAUGAUUUAGCAGCUAGGUUUGCGGCCUUGAGAGGAAGAUAAAGGAUAGAAGAACAUUGCACGGUGGUGCUUUUAUUGCAAAUCCUUGACUGCUCCGGAGGUGUACAAAGUUAUCAUAGAUGGUCUACCUGUGUUGGUUUGAAAUAGUAACUCUGCCAUCAUCUUACUGAUCCCAUAAUUUAAGUUUUGCCUUUUAUGAUUGUAAAGUGUUUGUAACAAAAAUUGAUGGUGUUCCACUACUUUCUACGGGUUGAGGAUAAAAGUUGAGAUCGUCGCUGUUGGUUCUGUGCUCUUACCCAUCCCUUACUCUUUUUCCAACAACGUUAUGUAGA